AUGUCUGAAAAACACUGCCUAGAAGCAAUCGACAUCGCUCUAGAUGCAGCGAGGAAGAAGAGAUACAAUACACUACAGAGCGAGUCCCCGUGGUAUGAGCCAUGGAACGAAGUCCUGUGCUUCUUAGGGACCAACGCCAGUACCAAGUUCACACUCAGAUGGGAGCCAUCCGCCCCUAUUGCGGGGGUGGGGCAGGUACAAAGGAUGCAUCCAAAGGCUACCGCUCUGCUUGCGAAACCAACUGGGACUGUAACGGAGGUCACCUUGCAUGUUCAUUAUGAUCUUCGUCCGCAAUACCCGCUCUGCGCUCUGCGACGUGCCUCCGAGGACCCAUACAGAAGCAAUGACAAGAACCUCACCAAAGGGCGCGCAACAGACGAGAAACGGGAGAAGACAAAGCAGCCCGACUCCGUGAUCAUCAUCUGGUGCUGGGUGGUGGAUUCAAAUGGGACGGAAAUACAAUGCACCCGAUUAACCGCUCUCACAGUCGAAAACAAGCGACUGAAGGAUUUCUACAGACUAUCUGAUGAUGAAGCCGACAAGAGGGCAUUGAAGACGAUAGAAGAGACGCUCACGCGACAGAUGCCUUAUCAGGCCAAAUACGCCUUUAAUUCCGACCCCUCCCUGGAUUUCAUCCAUUCAAUCGGGGCUGCGGCUGAUCGCUGGCGAUUGUUCAAGUACAACAGAAUAGGCUUCAAUGACCCAUUUCCUUGUCGCAUUGAUCGCGAUUCGGCAUUGACUGAUGAAGAUGUGUAUGAGGGUGUCGUAAUCGAACGGAUGGAUCUACUGGACAGACAAGUGCGGCGGAUGAGGGGCGAAGACAGUUUGGACAAGGAUUUGAAGGGAGUCAUGGAUACGAUAGUCUUACCUGCUAUACUGGAAGUGCUGAAGGAGAGGGUACUGGAGAAGCUAGGUGCCGGUGAGUGGAGUCGCAACGAGGAUUGGAAGCUUCAAGACAUCACAGAGCGAUGA